AUGGAGCUACAGCAUCGUUCAAUACAAAUAAAUUCCGUUCGCUCUCUCGCAACUUCUAUAUUAAACAACUCGUCUUCAGCAGACGUUUCUCCAAAAGGAAGCAACAAGCCUUCAACUCUAAAACAACUAUGGUCUUUAGUGAACUCUCUUAAGGGAAUUAUUUCUUCUAAUGCGGUUUCUGGGCUAGUUUCUCUUGUUCGCGCGGAAGCGUUACCUUGGCUGGACGUGCUCACUGGGCUCACCGACGCUCUAGCUACAGCUCCCUCUCAUAGUCUAACAGUAAUUAGCUUGCUUGAGGGAAUAACUAGUGUGCUCGUUUUUCAGCUUGAAAGUCAAAUUCAUACUGUUUAUCCUUUUAGCGUUAAAGGUAGAAAAGUGCAUCCGUUUAUUACUGCUGUGACAACAAAGCCUGAGACAUGGGUACCCUUACUUUCGCAAUUAGAAUUGAUAUUUGAGCCUAGUAGGUUGGCUAUCGUUAACUCAGCAGAUAAAUCAGAAUUUUUCAGUAACGCGUUGGAAAUGUUGAAGCCUUUUUUGAAUUUUGUACUUUUGGGUGGAAUAGGUGUUGAAAAACAAUGGUCUCUGGAAAUUGUUAAUUUGCUUUUUCGGUCUCUUCAAAAUACAAUUGAUGAUGAUUUAUUUAGAACGUUUCGUGAGCAAUUGUUAUAUUAUUUACUUGGAGUAUCGCAAAAGAUCCCACUUGUUUCCCACGAUCAGCAUACAGAGCGCUCUCAACUUCACCUUGUUCAGUCUUUGGUUCACGUUUUACGCGUCCCUUACAUUCGAAAUUCUUUAUCGCAUAAUUUUUUACGAGAAUACAGCUCAUCACUUGGACUACAAAUUCUCUCCCUACUAUGCGAUGCUCACUAUAAUAAACGUUCGCUCAAUGAUUAUCUCCGCCUAUUAUCACAGCUGAUUAAUCUGCAAAAUGAAACGCAGACUAUACUCUCAGAGCCUAAUUCUGUUCUCUUUUGGCCUGCACUUUGCUAUUUAUUGCUGGAUGCUCAGUCUAUCGAAUCACAAACUUUAAUUCUAGAUCUUUUGGAUGAGUCAUUAAGAAAACAAGAGCAGCAUCAAAAACAAAUUGAAGCAGCAGAUGACAAAAUACCGCCAAUGUUGAUUGACAUUGUAAUAUUGCCUUUGUUCCAGCUGGUUGCUGAGCUGGGGCCAGGAACUGUUAGGAAUCAGGCUAUGGAAUUAACUCGAAAGAUUGAAAAGUAUCGUGAAACCACAGAUCAUGAUCGGUUUCUCUCAAAUGCAGAACAAAAAGUUGAAAAAGAGGUAUCAGCCUUGCUUAAAUCUCCAAGUGUAAUUGGAACUCUUGCUGACAUUCUAGCUGCCACGAAUCGUUUUGUCAAACUAUUUGUGGCCACUUCACAAAUUAAAACGAACCCCUCUUUAUUAUUCAAUCGCAAUUCACCAUCCGAUUUACUAUUCUUGACAUCCUAUUUGUUUCACCCUAAUCCUGAGAUUCGCAUAAAAACUCUUUCUACUAUUACUGCAUUCAUUGAUAAUCCAGAACUUGCUCAAAAUCAAAAAAUUACAAUUUUCUUUAUUAUCCUUUACCUACUUAGUAACGACCCCCUUAGCUCAAUUCAUCUUCAUAUUUUUUACCAUUCUUUUCCUGAACUGAUUUCUCCGAAUGAUCCAAUAAUUACUGCUAAAUUAUUGAAAUUAUCGUUGUCUUUGGUCGAAAGAAAAGAAACCGAAAAAGAUAUGAAGUUGGGUGCGGUAGGAGUAAGGCUCUUGCACAAGUUAUGGGAAAAACAAAAAAGAUGCUGGAGAUCUUUGCGAUUCGUGCUGAGUGAGUGGGUGCAGCGUAGAAAGCUUAAAGAAAUUCUGGACCAACAUUCUGAAGAAUAUGAAAUGGAAAUCGCUGUUUUGGUUACAAUAAGAGAUAUUUGUAAAGCAAAAGCGCGAGACUAUGCAGAAGAAUUAAUUCCUUUCUUAUCGAGCUUACUUCAAUCUGUUGUUUUAUUGCCUACAAGCAUGUCUUUGAUCAUUGAAGCUUUGAAUGCUAGUGUCGAAGCUGAUGUUGUGGAUCCUCGUGCUGCAUGGACUGUAAUAUUAUCAUAUAUUGCCGAUGCAGUAAUGCAAACAAAUCCAUUGAAUAUUGAUAUAAUCUCGAGCUUAUGCCAAUUUUAUCAAAUUGCUGCUGUAAAAAGCGACGAAUCCGAAGUGUAUAUUGACUUCAAACAAGAUUUACUAUCAUCAUAUAUUCGACCGCUUAUAUUUCCUUCUUAUUCGUCAUCCAUCGUAUUGCCGGAAGUUGUUGAUACAGUUCUAUUUGAGAUAUCAUCCAAUAAAAGUAUUUUGAAGCAUGCAUUACGUGCCCUAUCUUAUUUCCGAGGGCCCGAUAUCUUGAGUAUAUUCCCUGAAUAUCCCAAAAUUUUGCUCUCGAAAAUACUUCUUGAGGUUUCUAAUGUCGAAGAAUGGCAAUUGGUAUUCAAUAAAUUGAUUCAUCAUGAGAUUGAUAAUAUGCGUCGAGGAUUAUUCAAGAACUUUUCGGGCGGUAAAUCUGCAAGUGUCGUGACGAGCACCGGAAAUGAAGUAAAUAAAAGCCAAAUUCAACAAUUUAAGGAACACUUACUUAAUAUAUCGCAAAAAGUUGUUAAAGAUUGGGAAAGCGGCACCGUAAAUCCUGGGCUUCGCAAUGGUUAUGCGAUUGCCUCGUUAAUUGCUUAUCGGCCAACUUUACCACCGUCUGAACAUAAUUCCCAAGUAGAUAUCAAAUCGACACGGUUUUAUCGAAUGAUGAUUAAUGGAAUUCAGGAUAUCGCGUUAACUGAUCAUUGGAUUGUGAGGGUUAAUGCGAUACAUUACUGGUGGAGGUUUUUUGAAAAUGGGCUACAUGAUUUUAUAAUUCAUGGAAAGAACGACGAGGAAAGCACAGUACAGAACUUGGUGAAUGAUUUGUUUGAAAGAUUGACAGAGGCCAAAUUUCCGGUUGUGUGUCAGAGUGUUAUCUUGUCCUUGACAGGUUUAUGUCUCUCUCUCAAAUCUUUGAAUAUAUUGUCUGUACAGACGCAUGCAGGCAAUACGUUACGCCAUUUGCUUAGAAACUAUGUCUCUGAAACCGCAUCAGCCAUACAUGAUCAAAAACAGGAUUGGAGUCUUAUCUCUAGUGAUGAGGUUCAGUUUGCAGUAAUGCUUACUAUAGGACACCUCGCAACAUUAAUUUCAAUGGAUGAGAGGUUGACGCGUAAAGUUGUCGAGACAAUGAUUGAACAACUUAAUGACAAAAAUUCAAGUUCCACUUCUGAGUGGGCUCCUUUCGCGUCUUGUUAUGGCCUUGGCAUUCUUUUAUCCCAUCUUGUCUCAUCCCCAACUAAAACAGUUGCAAUGUCAACUCUAUGUACAAACACCGUUUCUUAUAUCUACGAUUAUUUAUCAAACGAUAAUUUGCCAUUAAACAUCUUUCUGGGCAGCAUGCUCGGGUUAGCAAACAUUGAUCGCGAGGAAGAGCCGUUGAUAAACAAUGUAUAUCAGAAAGCGUUGGGAGCUUUACGGGAUUUUGUAGAGAUGAAUGGCAAAGAUGACGGGAAUAAAGAAUUUGUGGUUGGCUCUGUUUGGUUUCUUGCCUUUUCGCAAGGGAAAACGUCAUAUAAGGGGGAAGUUAUAGAUUUAUUAGAAAAAGCGAUGCAAAUCUCUGGGAAAGCGUGGAAAAAACACUACUUUCAUUUUGCACAAGCAUAUUCACAUGCUCUCCAAAAAAGCCUGGAACUUGAUCCGUCUUCACAUCAUUUAUCAUCAUUCAACGCACAGAUACACUCACACUUACGCAUACUAACUUCUCCUGAUUCGACAUCAAACAGUCGUCAUACAUCCAUCAUCACGUUAGGCACACUCGCAGGAAUUGAUUUUGUGUUAUUACCAUCGAUCAACGAUGGCUUUGGAAAUACUCAUUUUUUCAAAAAUUCAUCAAAAAAAAAUAUCACUGAGGUGGUGAACAGUUUGACGAGUAUUGCUGGACUUGGUACAGAAACAGCCAUGAUUAGUGACUUGAAAGGAGGUCGGCUGGCUGCUAUUAUUUUGGCGCGAUUAUUUAAAAAAGUUGAGGCAAUUGAUAGAGAAGGUAGUGGUGAGAGUGUGUCAAAUAUUGCAAGUAUUAGUUCUGAACCAAAGGAUUAUUCUCGAUUGCCUAUAACGAGUUACUUGAGAGCUUUCUUCGAUGGAUUGACUGAAAUUGCCACGAAAGGAAACCUGGCCGAUUCACCACUAUCCAUAGAAUCAGCUAAUUUAAUUCUAUCCACAUUUACUUCCUUAAAUUGUGCUCUGCCUCCUGUCAAUUGGUUUACCCUUUUAUCCAAAUUCAACAAUCCGACAUUCAAAAAAUAUAAAAUACAUCAUCAAUCUAUCUUGAUGGCAUCUCGACACGCUUCGAAGUCCUUCCCACUAAUGGAAUUUCUUGCAUACACAUUGAUUGGCUUCUCUGACAUUGAAAAAAACGACGAAGAAAUCGAGUUUAAAAAGCUGCUUAUUAAUUAUGGUCUUGCGAAAAUUUUGGAAAUUUCUGGAUUUGCAAGUAAGAAGGAUGGACCGUCUCAAGGAAAAGAUAAUAAAUUUCUGACUGAGAAACGAAUGGAUAUUAGUAAAACUGUGGUUGUCCCCAAUUCACGUGUUCUUGAAAUUGUUAAUUGCCUUGUUGCGGAUUUGUUUAAGGAUGAUGCGAGUAAAGAAGUGCAGGAAUUACAAGUGAUAUUCCUUACGACGAUGGUUGAUCAUCUCGUAUCGCCUAAUACAAAUGAUGCACACUCUGUCGGAGCAGUGACUGCACUCUAUCAGGAUCUUUUAAAAAUCCUGAAAAUAAUCUACUCAAAAUUACCUUCACCUAUUACUUCGGAACAAAUACGUGUAACUCGAUUGAUAACGCAAUGUGCAAUCUCUACGAUCGACGACCUAUCACAAAGCAAAACUGACGACUUGAAAAAAUACACAUUGGUAGUUUGCACCUUUACAGAAUUUUUUCAUCUAGACUCAUCAAAAUAUCUGACCCAAUUAUUGCAAGAAUGUUUAAUCGCAGUUGGCAAAAAUCACAAGCUGCAUCAAUCAUCUUCAAAACUUUUAUUAUUUUCUUGGAUUGCCCGAGCAAUUUGUCUUGCUAUGAUUGGUGGGAAUAAUCAGACAACAAAACAGUUGAGGCUCUCGUGGCUUGUUCGAAUACUCGAUGUUUUGAUUGUGGUGAGUAGUAAGAGAACAGACGAGUUUGACAUCUUGGAGUAUGGAGUUAAAGUUGUGUUAAGUGGAAUCGUGAAUACUUGUUGGAUUAGAGAAAAUGUGAUGAGAAAAGAGGAGGAAUGGGAUGACAGCAAGUUUUCACAGAUUGUUCAAGAUUCUGCGAGUAUAAGACGAUUAACUUUGUUAGUCCCAAAUGAAGUUGAUGCCAUGGAUAUUCAGAUCAAAGACUUUCAAAAACAGAUUAUAAAACGUUUAUUUCGGCUGCUAGAGAUUAGUCGUGAAUUGAAACCACAUGGUGAAAUACAGUUUGUAUUUAAUACUAUCUUGAAAAAGUUGGAACAUUUGAUACCAGAAGAGUCGCAGCGGAUUUUAUUAUUAGAAAAUUCUUUAUAA